GAAGUGAAUAAAAUAAAAUUUAUUGUUAAAUUAUGUCACACCCAAAGAAUGAAGGAAAACAAGAUUCAAAAAAUCCUGAUGCUGCUGAAAAGUUUAUUUACACCGAAGACAGCGUUUCGAGCGAGGGCCCGUCCGGUAGAAAUAAUUUGAAGCGAAUCAUACGGAACGACAAAUAUGUGCCGACGAACAGCAAGUCGUCAACAAUAUCGGAUCGUCCGACGGAAAUGGGCAGCGCGUCCGACUUUAACAUCACGAAAAACACUCUACACGUCGUCGGCAGCAACCCUGGUGAGCCGAAAAUGUCGUACCAGGAUCCGCCUUACAAAACUUCAAAGACGACUAAAAAUCUCCAUAAAGUGGACAAGCGCAAGAAGGACAGCAAUGCGGGUAAAAUGAUAAGCUACGCGACAGUACGCGGGAUUCUGAAAGACGAGAGAUAUAGUCCAGAAUGCACUGGCGACUCCAGUUUCCGUGGAGAUGAGGAGUAUACAGAAAGCUUGCAAUAUGCAGUGACUUACGAACCGCACGGUUUGAAGAGUGCCGAGAAAAAUGUAUCCUUCGACACGCAAGUCCACAUUUUUCAUUUCACCGGCGACCUUUGCGUCGGUCAGAGCGUGGAAACCUUGAGCAAGGAGGUAGACCAGCAAGAAAGGAACUCUGAACUACGGAAGACUUUCAUGAAAUACAACGAGCAAUGGCCUAAAGGUGGGAAACGGAAGUAGAUGGUUUUGAAUUUCGAAGGUGGUUUUAGAUCUUUUUCAGAAAAUACUGUUACACGCUAUAGCUUUUGAAACGCGGUAGAGCAUCAUCUAUUCCUUAUGAAGUUGACCUCAGCUUAAAACUUUGCAAGACAACAUUUUCAGUACGUUAUUCAAUAUGUCAGUGUUCUUUAAAAUUUUUUGCCUAGUUGUCUGUUUUGUGAAUGUUUUAUAAGUUAUAACUGGA